AUCAGACAGCCAAUGAGCCUUUGUUCCUUUGUGCCAAAUGGAGGGUCCUUAGUCCUCUCUCUUUCUUUCUCUGAGAAUUUUUCUUCUCUGCUAAAAUUAAAGAAAAAAAAAAAAAAAAGAAAGCUUCAAUCGAUCUUCUUGUUCAGCUGCAAACCCACAAAUCUAAGCAGGUUACAGAGAAUUCUGAGUGUUUUUGUUCUUAAUUCGGAUGUCUUCACCACUACUUGGUGUUGUGGAGGAGGAGUGUAAGAGCAAUGUUACUCUGCUGGCUUCAUCCAUCUCUGCAGAAAGCAUAUGCCCGAAUAGCUCUGAAUUGAAAGAGCGAAACUAUAUGGGAUUGUCAGAUUGUUCAUCUGUAGACAGUUCAGUAGUUCCUGCUGCAUCUGAUGAGAGCAAGACUCGUGUGAAUCUGAAGGCUACAGAAUUGCGACUUGGGCUUCCAGGUUCCCAAUCUCCUGAAAGGAAUUCAGAGCUUUGCCUGUUGAGCUCUGCACAACUUGAUGAGAAGCCCUUCUUUCCCUUGCACCCCUCUAAUGAUGGUCACUGCUCUUCAGCACAGAAAAAUGUGGUUUCGGGUAACAAAAGAGGGUUCUCUGAUGCUAUGGAUGGAUUCUCAAAGGGUAAAUAUAUGUCAAAUUCAGAGGUUAAUGUGAUGCCGUCACCUAGGCCCUCUUCAAACUUGGGAUUGAAACCUGGUUCUUCCCAUGAAAACUUUGGGCCUCAAGCAGCUAAAGUGAAAGAAGUAGGUGCACCAAAGUUACCACAGGAGAGGCCUCAUGGAACAAAUGAUACAAGACCAAAUCAUAAUGCUUCUGCAAACAACAACAGUAGUGCACCUGCUACCAAGGCGCAGGUUGUGGGUUGGCCACCUAUCAGAUCAUUUAGGAAGAACUCUCUUGCUACCACAUCAAAGAAUACUGAAGAAGUGGAUGGAAAAGCAGGGUCUGGUCCCUUGUUUGUCAAGGUUAGCAUGGACGGUGCCCCUUAUUUACGGAAAGUAGACUUGAGAAACUACUCUGCAUAUCAGGAACUGUCUUCUGCCCUUGAAAAGAUGUUCAGCUGCUUUACUAUAGGUCAAUAUGGAUCUCAUGGAGCUCUGGGGAGAGAGGUGCUAAGUGAGACCAAGCUGAAGGAUCUUCUUCAUGGCUCAGAAUAUGUUCUUACCUACGAGGAUAAAGAUGGUGACUGGAUGCUUGUUGGUGAUGUUCCAUGGGAGAUGUUUGUUGAAACGUGCAAGAGGCUGAGGAUCAUGAAGAGCUCUGAUGCCAUUGGCCUAGCCCCAAGAGCUGUAGAGAAAUGCAAGAACCGGAACUAGCCAGCCGAUUCUGUCCAGCACAUUGGUGUUGAAAUUUCCUCCAUGGAGAGCAGGGAAUAAUGGGGUGUUGGACUGGGUACAACAUCAUGGGUAUCGGUGUUUAUUAUUAUUAUUAUUAUUAUUAUUAUUAUCUAUGUUUAAGUUUUCGUUUCAAGGAUAUUCAUCUUUUCUAAGCUCUGUUAAGUUUAUAAAAAAAUGAUGAAACUCCAAAGACCUGUGUAUUUGGAAGUGUCACUACUAUUCUGUGUUCUAAGUCUGGACAAGUUCCUGUUUGGGUACAUGAACGUAGUUUGUAAAGUGCAUUGUUUGUUUAUCUCAUUGUUCAAUGUUUGUAUGAUGAAAACCUCCCAUUUAAGGCAAUCUAGCACCCUGACUUUAUUUUUAA